ACUGAGACGAAGUUCAGGCUUUUUCUCUCGCGAGGAAGGACGCCGUUAUCGAAAUCCCUACAAACAACACGAGAAUUCAUCAUUCACACGGUGCCCUUCCUUGCGAGGAAUUGGAAACCUCACUGGUCUUUGUGGUUGAAUCGGUGUUUGAAAUCCACUCCUCGGCUGAGGGACCUUACAUGUGUGAGGUCUGAAUAAUGUCGGAACAAGAUUUGGCGGAGAUAGUGCAGAUAGCAGUGGAGGACUUGGGCCAGGGCGACCAGACUGAUGUGUUGGACAAUCAUGAAGAUUCUGAUGACAAGCCUGACAGGAAAAGGCCAAGGGUGGACAACAGCACCCAGGAUGCAUCGCUAAAGACCUUGUUGUACUCCAUCAGCCAAACGAUCUGCCAGCGUCUGGACAACAUGGAGGCCAAGUUGCAGCUGGUAGAGGUGACGUGCCGGACCCUGGAGAAGAAGCUGGAUGCCGUAGUCAACAAGAACCAGGCACCCAUCCAGGUCCCUAUGGUGGCCGGCUCCCCUCUAGGUGCCACCCAGACCUGGAACAAAGUGCGCUGUGUUGUUCCGCAGACCAAUGUCAUAGUGAGCCAAGACCGACCGAAGGGUCAGGAGGAGUCAGUAACUCGAGGGGCAGAUUCACUGGAGAACCUCCUUAGCAACACAGUGGGUGGGCGGAGGCAGAACACGUUCCUGGUGAAGGUGCCGGCGCCGGAGGACAGCCAGGAGGAACAGGAGAGUGGUUCAGAGGCCAGCGACUCGGUGUCCAACAGUGGCCAGGCCAACAACUCCCAGAGCACCCAGAACGUCACCCUCAUCACCCUCAACUCCGAGGACGACUACCCAGCAGGUACGUGGCUUGGCGACGAGAACAAUGCAGAGAUGCGUGUGCGUUGCCCAGUGUUGCCGGGCGACAUGCUCCACCUCAGCACCAACUGCCGCACAGCGGAGAAGAUGGCGCUGACACUGCUGGACUACCUUUUCCACCGCGAAGUGCAGGCAAUGUCCAACCUGUCAGGACAGGGCAAGCACGGCAAGAAGCAGCUGGACCCGCUCAUGAUCUACGGCAUACGCUGUCACCUGUUCUAUAAGUUUGGCAUCACUGAGUCGGACUGGUACCGGAUCAAGCAGAGCAUCGACUCCAAGUGUCGCACGGCAUGGAGACGCAAGCAGCGCGGCCAGAGUCUGGCGGUCAAGAGCUUCUCCAGACGUAGCGCCAACGCGCCUGGCAGCUCAGAGGGUGGCGCUGUGGCGGAGGUGGCUCACAUGGAGGGGGUGACCCAGCAGACUCUACACUACACCCUGGCCAACCAGGCCGUCCAACAGGUCCAGAUCCACCGCAUAGGAGAGGACGGACAGGUCCAAAUGAUACCUCAAGGACACCUCCAUAUUGCCCAGGUCCCUCAGGGGGAAGAGGUGCAAAUCACACAGGACAGUGAGGGGAACCUGCAGAUCCACCAGGUGCAUGUUGGGCAGGAUGGUCAGGUGCUGCGUGGGGCCCAGCUGAUAGCAGUGGCGUCAGCUGACGGAGGGGCCACAACAGUGGAGGGCUCCCCCCUACAGGCCAGUGACAUCCAGGUGCAGUACGUCCAACUGGCCUCCGUCAACGAGCACACCGCUACUGUACAGGCAGCAGAACUGGCCCCAGCCAUGCAGGGUGAGAUGGAGGUGAAGGACGGAUCCACCCAUCUGCCAACAGGGGAGAAUGGGGAGGUGGUGCAGAUCGUCAGUUCUGUGGGCACCUGAGGGCCUGGAGAGAGAGAUGGCCACCACAGAGAUACAGAGCAUCCUGCAAUCGUGUCAUGUUGGACUGCUGUGGAAAGUAGUACAAGUCUAAAACGGGCACUUAUUCAUGGUUGAGUUUUCAUGAUUUUCCAUCAUUUCUGGUCUGGACCCCAGCUUUCCUUGCCAUCUUUUCCUAGCUUGUUUUCAUAUUGGUUAACCCACAUACAGUGGGGUCCGAAAUUAUUGACACCCUUGUUAAAGAUGAGCAAUAAUGACUGUAUAAAGUAAUUAAGUAAUUAAAUUACUGAGCUAUAUUGUAUGCUCAAAAUAUGGUAAUUAUAUUUUAUACUAAUACAAUUGCUCAAAUGUUUUGUAAACUCAGCAAAAAAAGAAACGUCCUCUAACAGUCAACUGUGUUUAUUUUCAGCAAACUUAACAUGUGUAAAUAUUUGUAUGAACAUAACAAGAUUCAACAACUGAGACAUAAACUGAACAAGUUCCACAGACAUGUGACUAACAGAAAUGUAGUAAUAUCCCUGAACAGGGGUGGUCAAAAUCAAAGUAACAGUCAGUAUCUGGUGUGGCCACCAGCUGCAUUUAGCACUGCAGUGCAUCUCCUCCUCAUUGACUGCACCACAUUUGCCAGUUCCUUCUGUGAGAUGUUACCCCACUCUUCCACCAAGGCACCAGCAAGUUCCCUGACAUUUCUGGGGGGAAUGGCCCUAGCCCUCACCUCACGAUCCAACAGGUCCCAGACGUGCUCAAUGGGAUUGAGUUCCGGGCUCUUUGCUGGCCAUGGCAGAACACUGACAUUCCUGUCUUGCAGGAAAUCACGCACAGAACAAGCAGUAUGGCUGGUGUCAUUGUCAUGCUGGAGGGUCAUGUCAGGAUGAGCCUGCAGGUAGGGUACCACAUGAGGGAGGAGGAUGUCUUCCCUGUAUGCGACGUUGUUGCCGAUGAUGCCUGGUGUCUGCCUUACAACAUGCCUACAAGCCCUCAGUCCAGCCUCUCUCGGCCUAUUGCGGACAGUCUGAGCACUGAUGGAGGGAUUGUGCAUUCCUGGUGUAACUUGGGCAGUUGUUGUUGCCAUCCUGUAUCUGUCCCGCAGGUGUGAUGUUCAGAUGUACCAAUCCUGUGCAGGUGCUGUUACACGUGAUCUGCCAUUGCGAGGAUGAUCAGCUGUCCGUCCUGUCUCCUUAUAGCGCUGUCUUAGGCGUCUCACAGUACGGACAUUGCAAUUUAUUGCCCUGGCCACAUCUUCAGUCCUCCUGCCUCCUUGCAGCAUGCCUAAUGCACUUUCACGCAGAUGAGCAGGGACCCUGGGCAUCUUUCUUUUGAUGUUUUUCAGAGUCAGUAGAAAGGCCUCUUUAGUGUCUUAGUUUUCAUAACUGUGACUUUAAUUGCCUACUGUCUGUAAGCCGUUAGUGUCUUAACGACCGUUCCACAGGUGCAUGUUCAUUAAUUGUUUAUGGUUCAUUGAAAAAGCAUGAGAAACAGUGCUUAAACCUUUUACAAUGAAGAUCUGUGAAGUUUUGGGAUUUUUACGAAUCAUCUUUGAGGACAGGGUCCUGAAAAAUGGGUGUUUCUUUUUUUGCUGAGUUUAUUUGGUCCCAUAUUCCUGGCACGCAAUGACUACAUUGAAAAUGACUUACAUGUAGAGUAUCCAGAGAGAAAUAAACAUUUUGUUUCUCCUGCUGUAUUUCUGUGGAGGACACAUCCAUUUGAAUAAAAUAUUUCGUGUUGCCUCAAA